UAUUAUAUGAUCAUAUACCUAUAUUAUAUGAUCAUAAUCUAAAAAAUGGCAGCAUUGAAAGAUGUUGUUCCAGUGUACAAAAAUUUAAAAGAAGAAUGGGCAGCGACACCAUGUAAUUUAAAAAAAUGUGGCGAAUUGCUCAAUCAAUUGAAGGUUGGUCUUACACAUUUGAUGUUUCUUCCAACAUCUAAUAAUACAGCAAGUCAAAAUGAAUUGCUUAUAGCUCGUGAUAUUUUAGAAAUUGGUGCACAGUGGAGUAUAGUAACUGAAGAUAUACCUUCUUUUGAACGUUAUAUGGCACAAUUAAAAUGUUAUUAUUUUGAUUAUAAAUCUGGAUUAAUGGAAUCUGCAUAUAAAUAUCAUCUUCUUGGAUUAAAUCUUUUAUUCUUAUUAUCUCAAAAUCGUGUGGCUGAAUUUCAUACAGAAUUAGAACUAUUACCUUCUGAUCAAAUACAAUCCAAUGUUUAUAUUAGACAUCCUCUAAGCUUAGAACAAUAUUUAAUGGAAGGUUCAUAUAACAAAAUAUUUUUAGCAAAAGGUAAUGUACCAGCAGCAUCAUAUAAUUUUUUCAUUGAUAUUUUAUUGAACACUGUUCGGGAUGAAAUUGGAGCAUGUAUGGAAAGUGCAUAUGAUAAGAUUUCUAUUCAAGAUGCUUCAAGAAUGCUGAAUUUAAAUUCAGAGGAAGAUAUGAAAGUAUUUGCAGUAAAAAAAAACUGGAAUUUAGCAAAAGAUGGUUAUUUUUAUUUUAAUACAACAAGUGAAAAGAAAACUGAAGAACCAAUUCCCAGUGCAGACUUGGCCACGUUAGCAAUUGAUUAUGCAAGAGAGCUUGAAAUGAUUGUUUAACUAUAUGCAUUUUCUGUAUUUUAUAGAUAAAUAAAAUUUGUCAU